ACAAAAUCAAUGUUUCACAAAGCCGAAUUCUACCGCAUAUACUUUGUCUAUUUAUAAAUUUUACUACAAAGAUGUCAUGGUUUAUGACUGUGGCAGUCAAAACUCUUAAAGACAAUGCAGGCCCAGCUGAGCUUUCAGACCUUCUCUCAGAGUACAAUAUGUUAAAAGAAGUGUCGCACCCGAAUGUCAUAAAACUUUUGGGCGCCAGCACGAGCUCUGGAGCUCCAUUUUCUAUUAUCAUUGAAUACUGUGCUCUUGGUUCUUUGAGGGCGUAUUUGAGAAAAAGCCGAAACAUAAAACCCGAUCCUGACCUUCCUAAAGACCACAAACUUGUAACGCCUAGAGACAUUCUUAGCUUCGCUUGGCAAAUCAGCAAGGGGAUGGCUUAUCUUUCUGAAAUCAAGCUUGUACAUAGAGAUCUUGCUGCAAGAAACAUUCUUCUCGCAUCAGGCAAAGUGUGUAAAAUUUCAGACUUCGGUUUGACAAGAGACAUCUAUGAAGAUGAUGCCUAUUUGAAAAAAAGCAGAGGACGAGUUCCUGUAAAAUGGAUGGCAAUCGAAAGCCUCAGUGAUCACAUUUACACAAGCAAGUCUGAUGUGUGGUCCUUCGGAAUCGUUAUGUGGGAGCUUGUCACUCUCGGGUCUUCCCCUUAUCCAGGAAUAGCCGUCCAAAAUGUUUACCAUUUGCUGAAAAAUGGUUACAGGAUGCACAGACCCCAUAACUGCUCUGUUAAACUGUAUGAAGUAAUGAGAGAGUGUUGGCAUUUUGAACCUUCCCACAGGCCAGAUUUUCAAACUCUGACCGACAUUUUUGAAAAGAUGCUGGAAGAAGGGGCCGAUUACCUCGACUGUAAUGUAAGGAUGGUGCUGAAUCCUCAAUACUUUGACUCAAACAUUCCCCCAGACGUGCCACAAAGUUCUGAAAUGAACAUAACUUUUACAAUGGAUGUAGAUGAAGAUGAUAAUACAAAAUACGAAAAUGAACUAGUCUGUCCUGCACCCUACGACACACCGAAGCCAACAAAGAUGCUUUACGUCAGAAUGUCAGACUUAAAAAUGAGACAGGAAAAGGAAUAAUUAAAUAUAAACAGCUUAUCAAAUGAAAGUGAUUUAUAUUAAGCAAAGUUACAUGUCUGCUUAUUUGUACAUUCUCUUUUUGUAUUUUUGUUUCUUUUAUUUGUAACUUUUAGUGUAUAAACUCAUGUUUGACAUCUUCUAGUCACACAAACUGUGAUCCAUGAACUCCCGCAGGGAGCCUUGAAAUUAUCUUGUACAUAUGGAAAUAAUGAUAAAUUUAUAUUUUUACGUGUUAGUUUUUUAUUUUACAAGACUGAUAUUUUUUAUCUGAUAUGUUUCUCAUUAAAAAUGUUUGCUGAACGACGGACACAAGGCAUAUCAAUUUGCAAUUCUUCAAACUCCCUGCGAGAUUACAGAUUUAUGACAACAGAUCACUUGUAAAAAAUUUUAUAUAGUAAAUUAUAAGUAAAACUAUUGUAAUAGCAAAGCAUUGAAGCAUCAGAUUUUACUUAAAUAAUAAAAAAAUAAGCAACAUUCCUGUGGCACUAAUCAUGAGCAACAAUUUACCUUAUUUUUUCUCGUCUUGAGCAAGCUUUACUACUUUGGACUACGAUUGUUAAAUGUUAUAUAUAAAUAAAACCCACUCGACUUACAAUAAUAAAAAUAAUGUAAUAAUUUUAUUCUAACUGUUAGCAAAAAAAUAAGCUAAUCACCAUGAGCAAUUUGUACGCUAUUUGGAUUGCAAAUAGAUUGUUUUUUAUUAUUUUUAUCUCAGUUAUUAUUUCUAAAAUGCAAAACCUAAAAUCCUAAAAGCAUUUUAUUUUGGUUUAAUAUAUAUAUUUUUUGCAGGUACAUCAAUUAAUCAAAUGCAACAACAAUAAACAACUUUUUCAUAAACAAAUAAGCCGCAAAUCAUACAAUGCACUAUGCUCUUAAUAACAUGUGUUUAUAUCUGCAAAACAAGAUCUUUUUCCACUGUUCCGAAUCACAAUUGCAAUCAACAAUGUUGUAAAACAAUUCUCUUUUAUAUAAAGUACGCUAAUCCUUUAUGUAACAAUGAUAAUUUUCAACAAUUCUUAUCGCUUAGUUUUAUUUACAAUUCUUAUAAUGUAACAACAAAUCUAUUUACACAUAUGACUUCUAUAAACAUGUACAUUGUAAUCAGUACGUAUCAAAUAGUAUACAUUCCAGAUUUUCAUUUCUUUAAAAUAUUUUCUUCUAAAAGCCCAAACUCAUUACAAUUAAUGAAAGCACAAUUUGAGGGUACUUCUUUCUCUUUUUGUCUAAGUUUUUCUAACGGGAAAAUCAAAAUGUUGAAAAAAGGUUUUUAGAAUUUUCUGACAAAACAAAGAUGAUUUUUUUUUUCUCUAUUCCGUCCUACCGGCAAGCUCAGAGCUUCUAAAUCUUGUCAUGCAAUCUACAACUGACUAAUUGAAGACCGAAUUCACCGAAAAACAGAAUAUUUGCUCAAAUAACAAACAGCAUCACCUAACAAGUGAUUCUAAGGCAUGGAACCAUCAAGAAAACCUUAUGC